AUGGCAGGGAAAGCAGAGAGAUGCAGUAUACUCUCAGAGGAAAAGGAGUUUCAGAAAGACAUGCAUCCUACAGUAGCAGAACUGCAGAGCCUCUUGGAGAGCAAACGUGCAACCACUCGCCAUGUAGAUGAAGUCUGGCCCAACCUCUUCUUAGGAGAUCUGAGCACUGCCAACAACAGAUUUGAAUUGUGGAAAAUGGGCAUCACACACGUGCUGAAUGCAGCACAUGGGCAGAGACAUUCUGAUGGCAGCCCUGAUUAUUAUGGUACUAGCGUCACCUAUCAUGGAAUAUCGGCCAGUGAUUUGCCAGAUUUUGACAUGAGCAAAUAUUUCUAUUCCGCAUCAGAAUUUAUUCAUAAAGCAUUGAACACAUCUGGAGGCAGACUGCUGGUCCAUUGUGUUGUUGGCAUCAGUAGGUCAGCAACUCUGGUCUUGGCUUAUCUAAUGAUUCAUCAUCAACUUUCGCUGAUACAAGCCAUCUGCAAGGUGCAGGAGAGUCGCUGGGUGUGCCCCAACACAGGGUUCCUUCAGCAGUUAAUACACCUGGAUGAAGAGCUGCGUGGAGCUAGACAGAAACAGAUUCAGACCAACAGACAUGAAGGGAGUGCAUGAACAGAAAGCUACAUUAUUUAUGUGUUCAUUUUUAUUUUAUAUAGUUUAUAUAGCCCAGAUCUAUCAAGCCUUGGAGAGUGAUAAAUAGCA